AUGAGCCGCCUCCUUUAUCUCACCUUGAUUCAAUCGGAACGAACCAGUGCUGAAUCGGAUAUUUCUGAGUUCGGGAUUCGAGUUUUCGAUCAGAUUGAAAAACCCAAUACUUUUUCUUGGAAUACAAUGAUUAGAUUCUUCUCCGCUCGCGACCCCAUUACUGCAUCGGAUUACUACAUCAAAAUGCUCAGCCGAGAAAUGGUUCCCGAUAAAUACACGUUUCCAUUCUUGCUCCAAGCCUGCGGAACCAUUUCCGAUCUGGUUUCGGUGAAACAAGUGCACUGCCACGUACUCAAACUACAUUUCGCUGAUAAUUUGUUCGUGGAGAACUCUCUUCUCACUGUGUACUUAGCCUGCAAUUCUGCAGCGGAUGCAUGGCAGGUGUUCGACGAAAUGUCCGACAGAGAUGUGGUGUCUUGGACAAGUUUAAUAUCGGGACUCGUCUCGCAAUCUUACUACACCGAAGCAAUUCACGUCUUGAAAAAGAUGAUGGCUGAUGAAUAUGAUUCUCGAGUGAAGCCUAAUGUUGUUACAAUCAUCUCCGCAACGUCGGCUUGUGGUGGUUUAGGCUCAAUGGACCCCACAAAAUGCAUGCACGCUUUCCUAGAGAAAAGUGGAUGGAUCGAACUCGAUAUUUCCAUCACCAAUUCACUAAUAGACGCCUACGCAAAAUCUGGAGAUUUAACCUACGCUAGAAAACUUUUCGAUGAUAUUCAAGAUUCUACUAAUAAGAGGGACUUGUAUUCUUGGACAUCGAUUAUCUCGGCAUACGCUAUGCACGGAAAAGGACAAGCAGCUCUAAACAUGUUAUCUCAAAUGGAGCAAAUUUACGAAGUUGCCCCCGAUGCAGUAACCUUCGUAGCUGCUCUUUCAGCGUGCGCUCACUCCGGAUUGGUCGAGGAAGGGUUAUCCAUAUUCGAGUCGAUGACCAAAAAUUACGGAAUUGCCCCCGAUCUCCGCCACUACGGAUGCAUUGUCGACUUAUUGGGAAGAGCUGGGAUGGUCGAGCGAGCUUAUAAUAUCGUAGAAAAUAUGCCGAUGGAGCCUAAUUUGGCUGUUUUAGGAUCUUUAUUGAGUGGUUGUAGGCUUCAUAAUGAGUUGGAUUUUGGUGAAUGUGUUUUGAGAAAGAUUGAGUUUUUGAAUGAGAGAGGUGGGGCUUCGGUUCUUUUGUCGAAUAUUUAUGCGAACGAGAAUCGGUGGAGUGAAGUUGUUCGUGUUAGGAAAGAAAUGAGAGGUUCGAUGAAGGGGAAGCCACCUGGCAGAAGCUGGAUACAGGUUAAAGAUAGAAUACACGAGUUUGUAGCUCGAAACGGAGGAAAUAAUACGCAGGGUUUGGAGCUACACAUGGUUCUUGAAGGGUUGGAAAAGAUUUCUAGAUUGUAG